AUUAUUAAAAAAAAAAUUCAAAUGUCAAACUCAGCUGGUUAAACUCAGAUAAUUGAUUAAUUUACAAACAAAACUUCAACAUUUAAAAAUUAUGGGUGCACCCGAAUUGCCUGGAGAUCCCGGAGAGGAAGAUGUGCAUGCGAUUCAAUCAAAUGUUCAGCACCCACCAGUGCCUAGUGAUGAUAGUGACUAUGAAAUGAACACAGAUGAUGCUUACAAUGGAUACCAACCAUUAGCAAUGGGCGACGAUGCCAACGACCUUGCAAUGGAUGAUAGCGACUCUGCAGUAGACGAUUCCGACGAAACACUACAAAAUUUUGACAAUGCGUCUUUCGAGAAUGGUAGUAUCAAUGAUAAUUUACCAGCGGUGGAGAGCGCAGAUUCCGAAAUUGAAAGACAAAUUUGGAGUGAACCGCGCCCCAAGGAAUUACAAUUAGAAUUAGACAAUACGAAAACAACACAGAUAUUAAAUGUCAUGGCAAAUAUUACACUUCCUAAUGCUGUGGUACCUGAAUGGGCCAACGGAAUUCCGGAAGAGCGGUGGAAAGAGGAAUUGCUCAAACGAAUAAGGCAACGAGGGGUAUCACGUCAUGAGGAUAAUAAUUAAAAUUUAAUUGCUGUGAAAUGUUGAAUGAAAUGAUAAGUUGUAUGUAUUUAUGCAGUUUGAGUUUAAGUAUGUAUUUUUCGUUAAAGUGUUUUAAACUAGUUAUAUUCAUUAUUUCGACUCAAAAAUAUGUAUGUGUAGGGAUUCUGAUUACCAGCAAUUGAAAGAAAACUUAAUUAUAAGAAAUAUACAUAUAUAUAACAACAAGUUAAAUAUUAAAAAGCAUCUUAAAUAAUAACACCAACUAUUAGAAUUUGAAGAGUGCAAUACAAAUCUUCAUUUUUUUAUCUAAAUGGGAUACACAUUUUCUCAACCUAAAUUCCAUUUUAAUUCAGUAGUAAGCUUUAUGACAUUGUUAAAUGCAAUAUAAACUUCAUCUGAGUGUUCGAAUCUCCGAUAUAGAGACAACUACACAUUUUGUACAAAAUGAUCAAAUUUCAAGAGUAAGCCUAUUCAGGCCUUAAGACUCAUAGGGAGUGGACCACACGUUAUGUGGCCCCAUGCUGUAAACGCACUACUGCGACUAUUGCCUCUACGACAGUGCAACCUGUACCACCCAAUCCUACGGACGUAAUCGUUGGCGAACGUCAAUUCCGCAAGGUGAUCACCGCUGCUACUGCUCGCUUCAUACCAGCCGGAAGAAUUGCAAACAUGCGCCCGAAUUUCCCGGCUGAAGCGGCAGUUUUAGCAAAUUAGCGUGACACCUUACACCAGGUCGAGCCCUGUGAUCCCCGCAUAAGGGAUCUCAAUUUGGAGAUUUGACAACUGAUAAACAACUAUAAGCAAACGUAAUGGGUAGAGCACUUGAAGUCCUGUAAUCUUUCCACUGGUGUGAGCAAGCUCUGGUCAACUGUCAAACCCGAGGAGACAUGACGACCGUGUUGAAAAUCAAUUAGGUAGCCAUGCCUCCUCGGAGCUAUUUUAUACUGCACCCCCCGGUUGACAAGGCUAAAAGGCGUUUCACCAGACGGCUGCGCAAAAAAACCAAACAACUGCGCGCCACUUGUUUUCACCAGCGGGGAGGUUCAGGAUGUCACCAGAAAGCCCAAGUCCUCCAAAUCCAUCGGCCCAGACGUAAUCAAUUCUUUGAUGUUAAAACACCUAUGUUCAACGUGAGGAGAAUAUCUCGCCAAGGUAUUCAAUUUGUCGCUAACCACUCUUAAAAUCGGAGGAGUGGUCCCACUACUGAAACCUGGGAGCCAUCUUAAGACCUGUUCAGGCCUUAAGGCUCAUAGGGAGUGGACCACACGUUAUGUGACCCCAUGCUGUAAACGCACUACUGCGACUAUUGCCUCUACGACAGUGCAACCUGCACUUAAUUUACGCGUGAAUAAUCCCAAAAUUUUGGGUGUCACAUUUGACAGUCUGCACUCCUUCACUCCACGACCGCACUAAUCACUAAAGUACAGAGCCGUAACAAAAUGCUCAAGUCGCUAGCCGAUAGCACUUGGAGAAAGGACAAAGAAACGUUGCUGGCCACAUACAAGGCUAUCGGCCAGCCGGUCGUAAAUUACGCAGCACCGGUAUGGUCGCUUGGGUGCAACGGAUCGCAGCAGAGGAAGAUAAAGACGUGUGAGAUCACCGCACUCUACAGACAGCUACAGGAUGCACUUUUGCACAAUGAGGCCACUAUGCUGCCUGUUAAGGAGCAUAAUGAACUGCUUACCAAGCAGUUUCUGCUUUCGUAGAAAUCACCCAUGUGGUCAAGAGGUCACUACCACCUUUAGCAGACGAAGAGCUCGAGUUGCCACAUGAAACCAGAGUGACCCUUGCGCAACUUCGAUCUGGAUAUUGAAGCAGGUUAAACUCCUACUUAUCCAGACUGAACCCUACAUACAAAAUACAUGUCCUGCAUGCAACGAGUCCCCGCAUGACACUAACCACGUUUUUGCAUGCCCAAGGAACCCUACUUAUCUAACACCCCUUUCCCUUUGGUCCGACACCGUCGAACCAGCAUGUUUCCUGGGCUUUCUGUUAAAUGACCUCGACGACAACUAGACUUAUGCUUUCCGUUCCGCCAGGGAUCGAUAAUCGCUACAACUAUGCUUCGCCAGAAAAUUCUCUGUACAAAACAUUUGAAAUUAAGAGACAUUCUGUCGUCCCAAUUGAUCUGAUAUUCUUUGAUGAUAGUAUAGAUAACAGACAAUUUGGCCCAUAUAUUCGGCAUAAAGUCCACUAGAAUAAUAAAAAUAAUUAUAUAUAAUAUAUAGAGGCUGAGGUAAUUUAUGGACCGAUUUCACUCAUUUUCGCCACCAUGCUAAUUUUUAUUCCAUAUCUCACACAUUAACCAAUAUCUAGGUAAAAAGCCCACCGGAUGUUUGGAAAGAUAUUAGGUAUAUGGGAGCUAGGGAAGUUAUAUUUCGUUUAGCUUAACCUAUUUUUGGUACUGAGGCUUACUACUAUAAAGAAAUUAUUCCGGAAAAUGUGCCAUAAGUUCUGGGUGCUUCAUUUGCGAUGUAAGAGGACCUGAAAAGUUAUAAUGUAAAUGAGCGAUGCCUAUAUAAAUGAGCGAUGCCUCCAAUGCUUUAUUUGUGGAAAGUUUUAUUCCAAUGUCUUCAAUGGUACUUAAUUAAUAUUUUGUUAAGUGAACGAAACAGAAGGAGUCCAAAUAGAGUUAUAUGGGAAGUAUUCAAUUUCGUCUAUAUUCCAUCCGUAAAAUCAGGAUUUCAAAUAUUAUGCAUACAAUUUUGUUGAAUACAAAAAAAAACAUCCAUUUUAUACACUUUUCAAUAAAAUUUGGUGUUUCUGACUUUUUCGUCAGUGGUUUUCCUCAUAACCUUUAUAAGACGGGUGAGCGUGGCAAUGGUCCGACUUCGUCCAUUUGGAAUACCAACGACAAUCAUGGUGCCACAGAAAAUUUUUCAAGAUAUUCAAUUUGAUUUCGAUCCCGGAACCUAACAUUUCGGAAAUAAAAUCAGAAGCGUGCUAAUAUCUGUUAUAUAGCAUUAAUGCAUGUUGAAUUUAUUUGGUCGUUUAUAUUGAAGCGAACUCAUUGAAGCUCUUUUAUGAUUUUCAAAUCGAUCUACCAAUGGCUUACAAGUUUUGGCUCGGUUUAAAACUCAGAAAAGUCCAUCCAGCACUAUAUAUGUAUAUGUAAAAAGAAAUCACAAUUACAAUUACUCUCGUCCACAAAUACCAUACAUUUCAGCUGCUGCUUUUUAUUGUAUAAUUUCAUGCAUCCAUUCAGUUUCGCAAUUGUUUCGGAAUAAAGUAGUGAUUUCAUUUAUUUUUAAAUUUUUAUACUUGCUAAAAUUAUGUUUGUAUAACAACACUUUUGCCGUGAGACUUUGCGAAAUAGUGUUUAGUUUAUAUGUAUCUUAUUUGUAGAGCAAACAAUUCAUCUAAUAAUUUUCUUUUAUAUUACCUUUAUGCUGUAUUCAUAAUAAUUUCGCUUUCGCGCAAAAAUUUUAAUAAAAAUCCUUCAUUCAGUUUUAUCUUACAAUUAGUAUACCUCAUCUCCAUAAUAUAAAUAUGUUUAAUGAUUUCCUGUUUUUGUUUUUCUUUUUCUGUUUGUUUGAUUUGUUUUUGUUUUUGUUAAAUAUGUAACAUUUUCUUUUCUAAUGCAUUGGAUAAUGGCUAAAAAUAUGAAUCUCUAAGUAAGAUUAACUACAUCUACACUACGUUGGUUGCCAUUGCAGCUGCUAUUGUUGGAAUUA